UGUUGAAAAUAGACUAAAAUUUUGUAAUACUCUCUAGAUAUGCUGCACGAUAAUGAUCUUUUUAUACUUGCUCAUAUUUUUCUUCUGCUUUCUUUAUCCACAAAGUUUCUUCUUGCGUUCUAUGUUUGUCAAAUAUGGCUAAGCUUCAUUUCUUUUCAUGUUCCCUUUGCCUUUGUCUAUAUACUUUACAGCUAUGUUGUAUUCAUCUAUUUCCGAUCUCGAAUUCUGUCCUGUCCGUUCCUGAAUUCCUUGUCCAUUCGAAACCGUCCUACCAAUUGCAUGAACCAAGCCACAAUGUGACAGAGGAUCUUAUCUGCUUUUUUCCAGCUUUCAGCAAAAAGAAGGUCGACUUGAGUUUUAACUUCGUUUUUCUGCCUAAAACAAUUUAGCAGCUACCAUUCGAGAUCAUCUACAAUAAAUGUUGCGUACAGUAAAACCCAAGAAUGCUCGUGCCAAGCGUUUUUUGAAAAGCCGUGAAGCUAAAGUCAACGAAAAUCCAAAGAAUACACUCGUGGUGAAAGGUUCCAGCACAUCGCAAGUAGUAACAGAUGCUUUAAAAGAUCUGUAUGCUUUAAAACGUCCCAAUGCAGUCAAUUUCAGUAAAAAGAACGAAAUCAAACCCUUUGAGGAAGAAGAAAAGCUUGAAUUUUUUUCUCAAAAGAAUGACACAUCUCUCAUGGUCGUUGGCAGCCAUUCCAAAAAACGUCCUCACAAUCUCACCUUUAUUCGUAUGUUCAACCACCAAUUAUUGGACAUGUAUGAAUUCGGUGUAGAGAAUGCUCGCUGUAUGAGUUCGAUGCCCGGCCCCAAAUGUGCUGUUGGUUUAAAGCCUCUUAUGACAUUUCAAGGAGAACGCUUUGAUACCGAUGAUACAUUAAAAGCCAUCAAAAACUACUUUUUGGAUUUCUUCAACGGAGAACAGACGACUCACAUCAAUUUGGCUGGUUUAGAACAUGUGAUCAGUCUAACUGCAACAGGAGAAGGGGAGAAUACACGUAUCCUCUUCAGAACAUAUUCGAUUCAAAUGAAAAAGAGUGGUGUCAAGACACCUCGUGUGGAAUUGCAAGAAAUGGGCCCUUGCUAUGAUCUGAAAUUGAGACGUAGUCAAUUACCAAAGGCUGAUAUGUGGAAUCAAGCUUGUAAAAUGCCAAAGGAACUCAAGCCUAAGAAACAAAAGAAUAUUGAAAAGGAUGAAAUGGGUGAUACGUAUGGUAGAGUCCAUCUUGGUAAACAAGAAUUUGCCAAGAUUCAGACUAGAAAGAUGAAGGGUUUAAAGAAAAGAGGAGCAGAUGAAGAAGACGAAGAAAAUGAAGCGAAAAGACAAAAACUCAGUGAAACUGAUGAUGAAGAGUAACAAAUUGGCAACAUUAGGAAACAAUACACUGUAGACUUUGUUCUUGCUUCCUUCGAUUUUUUUAUUUUCCCCCCCCCCUUUUUAAUUGUAUAUAUAUUUUUCAAUCGUUGUAUAUCAUUAUCGAAUAUCUUUAUACUUUUUCAUGUAAUGUGCGCCAAGCCAAAAAAUAAAUAAUUUGGAAGAAAUAAGCUUAGCACGGUUAUCAAGAG